AUAUUCACGAAAAUGCCACUCACAUUGUUCUCUUUAAUGGUGAGAGCUCUAUUCAAAAACUUGCAGAUAUUAUAAGUCCUUACACUAAUGUAGAUCUGCGAAAAGCUUCAAAAAUUAUUGACAGUUAUUUGAGGCAAAAAGAGUUUAUAGUUAUAGAUCUGAAUAAACCCAGAUCUAAGUCUUUCUCACUUCGAUGA